GCUCUCUUUGCCGUCUACGAUGGCCAUGGUCAGGGUGGCGAAAUGGUGUCACAGUUUGCUCUGCACGAAGUACAACAUCGUCUCGAAAAACACGAUGCUUUUCCGCAAAACCUGAAAAAAGCCAUGGAAGAAACUUUCUUAGCGGUGGAUCGGGCUUUGACGCAAGAGACAUUGAUUGAGCCUUUAUUUUCGGGUACAACGGCUUGUGUGGCGGUGCUGUGUGGAAAGGUAUUGACAUUGGCCAAUGUCGGCGAUUCUCGUGCCGUGAUGGCCCGACGUCGAUGCGAACACACGAAGUCGUCGUCGGCUAUCGACGCAUGGGAUACGUUGGACUUGACCAUGGACCAGAACCCAGAUCUUCCGGAAGAGCACAGACGCAUAGUCGCGGCCGGGGGAUUCGUCUCUCCUCCACCGGGACCAGGGCUAUCGGCACGGGUAUGGUUGGAUCCAGCCUGUUCCCAGAUUGGACUGGCCAUGGCUCGAUCUUUAGGCGAUCAUGCGGUCGGUAGUGUGGGUGUAGUUGCUGAUCCCGUAGUAACGACCCACGAACUCGACGCUCUGGAUGACUUUAUGAUAGUGGCAUCGGAUGGUGUUUGGGAGUUCCUCAAGUCGGAGGACGCAGUUCGAAUUGUGGGACAACACCUUGCCGGUGGCAACGGGGCGACCAAAGCGUGUCGUGCUCUCAUCGAAGCGGCGGCCGCUAAGUGGCACGAAGAAGAAGGGGAGUACCGGGAUGAUAUUACUGCUAUUGUGGUU